CGUGACGUACGUCUGACGUAGAAGGAAGAGCAACAACAGACCGUAGCAAACAGCUUGUAGCUAACCUCCGUUAGCUGACUGCAGAUGUUUAUCAGCAGAAUCUGGUUUCAGAGAAGCUUUGGUUGAAGGAUUGGAGCCAGAAAGGGGCGGGAAGGUGAACAGAAGGAGUGCGGCGGAGCUCCGAGGGCCGCCGCCAUGUCUUCCGGCUGCCCCCCCCAGUCGCCGGCUGUAGAAAAGACGGAGGUAGCGGUGGAGGGAGAAUGCCCCCUGCUGGCUGCGACCUUCGCCUACUGGGACAACAUCCUGGGCCCCCGGGUUCACCACAUCUGGGCUCCCAAGGGCGAUCAGCUGAUGCACCUCAGCGACGGAGAGGUCACCUUCCUGGCCAACCACACGCUGAACGGAGAGAUCCUCCGCAGCGCGGUUUGCGGAGCCGUGGACGGCUACAACAUCAUCUCAGUGCUGAGCCUGGAGAUCGCUCCCAUCAUGGAGCUGCUGGCCUCCAUGAAGUCGCACAGCGUUCCUGAGGACAUAGACAUAAAAGACACCCUGCUAAAUGAUGAUGACAUCGGGGACAGCUGCCAUGAGGGUUUCCUCCACAAAGCCAUCAGCUCUCAUCUACAGACGUGUGGCUGUUCAAUCGUGGUGGGAAGCAACCCGGAGAAAGUAAACAAGAUUGUCCGGACGCUCUGCCUCUUCCUCACCCCAGCUGAGAGGAAAUGUUCUCGCCUCUGCAGGGCCAACUCCUCCUUCAAAUACGACACGGGUCUGUUUGUCCAGGGUCUCCUGAAGGACUCCACAGGCAGCUUCGUCCUGCCGUUCCGCCAGGUGCUCUACUCUCCGUACCCGACCACACACAUCGACGUGGACAUCAACACCGUCAAGCAGAUGCCUCCGUGUCACGAGCACACGUUCAACCAGAGGCGCUACAUGCGCUCCGAGCUGAAUGCGCUCUGGAAAACGGACAGCGAGGAGGACAUUCCUCCGGAAACUGUGAUCCACACGGACGAGACCUUCACCCCUGACCUAAAUAUCUUCCAAGAUGUCAUGCAUAACGACACGUUGGUCAAAUCCUUCAUCGAGGAGGUGUUCAUGCUGAAGCCCGGUCUGUCCCUGAGGAGCACCUACCUGGCCCAGUUCCUGCUGCUGCUCCACAGGAAGGCCCUCACGCUGCUCAAGUACAUCGAGGACGAAACGCAGAAAGGGAAGAAGCCGUUCCGAUCCCUUCGGAAUCUGAAGACGGACCUGGAUCUAAAGCUGGAGGGAGACCUGAACAUCAUCAUGGCGCUGGCAGAGAAGCUGAGGGCGGGGCUUCACUCCUUCGUGUUCGGGAAGCCGUUCUACACCAGCGUUCAGGAGCGAGAUGCUCUCAUGAGCUUUUAACUCGUUUAAAGUGUUCUCCUGUUCCAGACCUGGUCUCUGUGUCGGAUCACAGGAAGAACUCAUCCUCAUUGAUUCACUGAGUUAGUAAAGUUACCUUUAUGCUUAAAAAAAAUGACUGAUUUGUUUUAUUCACAAACUUUUUCUCUGUCUGAAACAACCAGUUACUUAUGUUUUAAUCACCAAUUGUUUUAUUUUGAUAUGAAAUUAUAAUGAAUGAUGUAAAAAUGGAUGAGUUAUUAAACAUUUGUGCUGAAUGUA